CAAAGAUAUUUCACCAAGUUUGAGGUUAGUUUAUUGUUAAACCAUGUCAUGUUUCCUGUUAAGAAACAGAGUUUGUGUUAUUUGUAUUUUAAAAGUUACAGGCUGGUCUUGGCCCUUAUAAGCCACACUGGUCCAACAGUGGAAAGCAGCUGGUGACUCACCUCCUCGGGCUAUAAAAGGCGGAGCUACGAGCACGGAGCUGAACUGCAAGGCAAACUCAAAGAAGGCGUCAACCAUUUGCUCUGCCCUCUGAGAGAAUCACUUCCAGACCUGAUACUGACUCUCACAAAACAGGACAUUCAAACCUGAAUGGAAACACACACGAGGACUGAAAGAAGAAUUCAAAACCUAAGAGAGGAUUAAAAACUGAAGACAUUGAAGAAACUUGUUAGGCAUUUUUUUUUUGUGUGUGUGUUUGCUGGGUGAGACUGCAGAGACUUUAAGUGUGAAGGGAUUUCCUUGUCAGUUCAGAUAAGAACACUUUUGCUCUUUCUAGUUUGUAAUUAUUUGACUGUUCAAAUGGAAUUAAACACAACCGAUGCACCUGAUUUCCACCAUAGCGAGGAAUGCGACGCCUCAAACGCGGCGCUGUAUAAGUUCUAUGCAGCUGUCAUGAUUAUAAUUUUUAUCCUGGCGUUGCCUCUGAAUGCAUCUGUCCUCCACCUCUUCAUAUUCAAGCUGAAAUUCUGGAAAUCCAACAGCAAUAACAUCUUCCUUUUCAACCUGGUGUUGGCUGACAUUCUGCUGCUCAUCUGUUUGCCCAUAAAGGCAUACAACUUCAUCCACGGAGAGAGGAGGAAUAAAGACGACAUAAUCUGCAAAGCUAUGCUCUUCAUGUUGUUUUUAAACCGAGGGGCCAGCAUUGCCUUCCUGACGGUGACCUCCAUUGAUCGAUAUUUUAAUGUGGUGCACCCCGGUCGAAAGAAUCUCCUGAGAGCGCUCAAGAAAUCUCCUCAGAUCUCGAUCAUCAUCUGGGUGCUUCUUCUGCCUCUCACCAUUCCCACCAUGCUCAAGAACUUUGACUGCUGCAACAGCCUCAGCCAAGAACCUGGUGCCACAAAAGAGGAUCUCUUGGUUACGACUGUGCCGGACAAUUUGCGAGAAGCGGUCUUCUUCACCCAGAUCCUCAUCCCUUUCGUCAUCCUGGUCUACUGCACGGUACGCAUCGUCAACCGGCUCAGGAGAAAAACAGUCGGGGACAGGACCAAGCUGAGGAGAGCAAUGUUUUUGGUGACCGCCGUCAUGGUGGUUUUCUCCGUCUGCUUCCUCCCCUGCACCAUAGCCAGGGCGGUUCUGCUGAUCGCCCGGGUCCGAAAAUUGCCUAACGCCAGAGAGGAUAGAGCUGCCGCGUUCUUUGAUGGCCUCAUGGUCCUCUCCUACAUGGACUGUCUGCUGGAUCCGCUGGUCUACUGCUUCUGUAGCACCAAGUUUAAAAGCAUUUAUCUCUCCAAUUAUUUCCCUUUCUUACUGAAAGGCGAUCAAGUGCCGGUAGAGAGCUCAACGGGAAACACAUCGCAACCUCGACGCAAUAAUGUCAUUCCAAAAUCACCAAAACCAGAGGCUGUUUCUAUGUGUGAUCAAACCUGUACAACCGCUAUCUGAGACUGACAAUGUGCCCCAAACAUGUACUUGCUUUAUGAAAGGGGACUCUGAAGGUAAAGUGCGCUAUGAGGACAAGACGAGUAGUUAUUUAAGUUUAUAUUGAUUCUUAAAGUAAUAAUCUCAAAGAUUUUCAUUUAAAUAAAUGUCUGUUAAGUCAAUGGCUAUCACCACAUGAGGUAACACCAUGGUGAAUGAGCCUAUGGCCCACUGAUGAAAACGCUUGCAUUUGCAGUAGUAUCAACUGAGAGUCUAUGGCGACAUUCCCGCUAAUUCUUGACACUGUUUGGAUCUCUGGGAAGUGAGAUCCAAAAACACACCUGCAAUUAUCGCAAUAGGUGCCGCCAAAGAGAACAAAAUGGAUAUCUUUGAGAUUGUAACUUUAAAUAGAAAUAUAUAGACGUACAUAUGUAAAUAGGAAGAUCUGGUUCUUCCAAAGUAAGUUAUGUGUUCUUCAGCAUUGUAGAUAUACUGUAGUAGUGACUCAUCAGGUGAAAUAGUCUCCUAAUAGUUUAGAAUAUACUGUAUUAAUGUUGGUGGAUUUCAUUUAGUGAAACAUGAGGGGUUAUUUUUAAGGGGAUUGCCCCUGAGCCAAACUAUGCACAUCUGUUUCUCGGUUUUUCUUGGACAGUGAGUCGUUAUGACCUCAAAAAAUUCCUUUCAACUCUUAGAGGCGAAAAAAGAAAACAAGCAGGAAUCGUAUCCGUCAACUCAUACCAAUCUCACACAACCUUUAUCUACAGUUUACACAGUCAAACAAGCAUUAGUGUUUACUGCCAUCAAUUAUGGCUCAGAAAAUAUAAACAUGUCACCCGAAAGUGUUUAAAUCUUGUCAAAUACAUUUUCGUGAAGCUGUAAAUGGUGAGGAAUUCCAAACUAAGGGAACUAAAGAAAGAAGGGGUUUCAAAUGUGUGCAUGUAACUGACCCCAAAAUAGAUGCAUAUUGUGCCACGGUCAGUCCUCUAUUACAUAAGAGUCAGGGCCUUUCUCAAACCAGCCCCUACACCCUCUCCGCCAUAUUAAGUGCCAUCCCAAACUAAUUAGCGGGGAGUCUGCAUUGAGUCUGCAUCAACUGGGCGCGUGUAACAGCGUUUUGUGUUCGUCAUGGAACACGUUACUUACAAAAUGCAAGUUCCGUCCGUACGUAAACGGACAUUAACAACUGUUACGUUGUAUUUAGGAACAAAUGCGUAGUCUAGAAAACGGCAGAUGUUUUCAUUUGAUUGUUAAGUGUAGUAUAUUUAAAGGGACGGUCCCAAAAACCAAGCGGCUCAUAAACAGAGUUAAAAAUGAGAAGAUGUUUGCACAAAAAGAAAAAAAAAAGCAUGGGAGUAAGUUUUAUUUCUGUAUAAUGCAUAUUCUUGUUAAUACUGUGAACCUUUGCAUAGGGGUGGGAAUCACCAGAGGCCCCA